CAGGACAGUAGUGCUUAUAUGUGUAAACUACCAGUGCUUACAACACUAUAAGUAUAUAAUACUAUACAAUACUAUUGGCUCAAUGUUUAAGUGUUUCAAGAGUUUUCAAACUACUGUUACGAUAGACAGCAGCGGUUGUGACCAUAGUUUUCAAGUGAUAUAAACUUUGUUUAAAAGAUAUACUAAAGAGACUAUUGUGAAGACAAUUGAAGACAUUGUGGUCUUCAGCGACCAAAAUGUUUAAUCAAAAGGCAAAGGAGUGGCCACUCAAAUUAAUACCAAUAUUGGUAACAUUAAUAUCAUGGACUACAUGUCAGGCACCGACAUAUCCCCGAAGCGCUGUUGUGGCGCAGACAGCACUGCCUACUGUGACAGUCCGUGGAUUUCUCAACUUUCGGACAACAGUUGACGGCACUGUUAUUAUAUUCACUCCCGCAUCGGCCGCAUCAUCGGAAAGUAGUGCCAAAACUGUUGACAAAAUGCCGACCAUUGAGACAACACAAUCACCACAAACCAUAAUUAAUACUAAAUCAUCGGUUUAUCAUCAAAUAACGCCAACAAAUGUGCCACAAAAUAUUGAGCCAACAAAACCAGUACAGCAAUACCCGACUGGAUUGGUUACAAUACUCGGUGGAACUGUUGUUCGCAACGGCGAAACCACAGUUCAUGAGACAAAAGUUAUUGGCACUUAUAUUGAUGGCAAAUACGCUCAGAUACUUCAAAGUACUGCCAGAAUUGAGUCACCAAUUAUGCAAACGCCUACAAUACGACCGACACAAACACAUAAAUCUAACGGUCCAUCGAUUAUUGUCGAGUCACCGCUCAGGAAGGCUUAUGCUGUUACUAAAAAUGAAGAACCGGUAGUCGAGACCAAAACACCAGAGUCUGAUGACAACGGUAUUCAAAAUUUUAGGAAACCUGAACCUCGAAGACUACACCCCAGGUUAGCUCUCAAUCCUUUGCGCUCGCGAUGGACUCAAAGCAAUCUCAAGACAAAUCAAGAGAAGACCGAUGGCAACGAUAACAAAGUUAAAAAGGCAAGACUUGGCACCAGAAGGUUCACAUUACCUCCGAGAUCAUCGCCUAAAGUGCGCUUAAAUCGUUUCAAAGCCAAACUGCCGGUCACUGAUAGAGAGGAAAGACAAAGCUAUAACUCAAGGAUUCAGACACAACAAGAACCACAAAAUGCCGAAACCUCGGAGUCAAAGACAGAUGAAGAGAAGGACAGCGAUCUUAGUCUUAAGGAUACUAAUAUCGAUGUCACGCCUCAAGAAAGUAAAUCUGUAGAACAAGAUAUUACUUCAGAAGGCAAUAUAGAUCCGACCAAAGUUGUCAAAGAGGUUCAGACAAUCACUAGUGAAGUGACACAACAUGUCGACGGAAAUCACAUUCAAGUGCAGACAUUGACUUUGACCACAACAAUACAACGUACACUUCAUCCACAAGAGUUUGAUACAGAAGUCAUUGCACCGACAAUACCUGUUGAGGCCAAUGAUGUCGAUGCGACUUCAGUUCAAGAAACACCACCACUUGUCAUCUCAAGGACCUAUUCGGUGACUGAAAGAAGUAUGAGAACAACUGUUGUGCCAGUAUUUGAUGGAACGGUCACAACCAGCCAUACAGUUACAGAAAGUUUCUUUAUUAGGAAACUAAUUACAGCUUAUAAGACAUUACCGCCGGGAGAUAUGUUUCUCUUAGAAACGGCCGGAAUGUCUGGCAAUUACUCAUUCAAUACCGAUUUAAGUGCAGCCGAACAAAGUCUUGAUCCGUCGCCAUAUGAAGGAAGUAUUGAGAUAACUGAAGAACCAAACAAUGAGUUGCCAACACAAACAUUACAAUCGAUAUCAGUGCCCACAAUAGACCCGAGUCUUAAUAUGCCUUUUAUACAGAACAAUCAAUUGCCACAAAUUGAUAUGAAUAACCCAUUGUUUUUAGCCGCCGCUCUUCAAAAUCCACAGUUAGCCGCAAUGUAUUUAGGUUUACAACAAUAUAAGCAACAACAACAACAACAGGUCACACAAUAUAGUACUGUUACCCAACCAACCACUUAUGUUACGACUGAUACGGUAUAUAAUACGAAAGUAGUCAGUUUCUAUGACGGCCGAUCAACACGAUCCCGAACUAUUGUAGAACCGGCCGGUACUACGGAACGAACUGUAGCCACAUUUACCACUCAAGUGGUGCCAGUUUUUAGCCCCAAUCUGGCCCUACAACAGGCACAGUUUAACAAUGUUUUUGCCUCCCAAUUGGUUGCACCUCAACUUCAGAUGACACCACAGAUGAACACAAUUACCAAAACGAUAACCACAUCGACCAAUGCUAUUAUGACUAAGACAAAGGUCUAUACUUUGGUUUACAACGCUUUCAGUACCAGAUAUAGGACAGUUACCAGCACUAGCAUUGUGCCCACUGUCCUCACUACUACUAUAACCUCAACAGUACCACUACAAGUGGCAAACACUGCCCAACCUUUUAAUAUAUUUGGAUAAUAUAUUGAGUCUCAAAGAGACAUUUCAUUUUUUACAAAUAAUCAUACAUUAUAUU